UGUUCUAUAUCUCGUGUUUAUUCGGUUUAAAUUAAUCUGAAUUGUUUUGUUUUUGGAACCCUCCGCGCGCGAUAGAAGAUGGAGAACGAGAAGAAGUCGUCGGCGAUUUCUGAUGUGGGAGCAUGGGCCAUGAACGUUGUCAGCUCUGUUGGGAUCAUCAUGGCCAACAAACAGCUCAUGUCCGGCAGUGGUUAUGGUUUCAGUUUUGCCACUACGUUAACUGGGUUUCACUUUGCUGUAACUGCUAUCGUGGGUCUAGUGUCAAAUGCUACCGGUUAUUCUGCGUCAAAGCAUGUGCCUCUGUGGGAGCUUCUGUGGUUCUCAGUGGUUGCCAAUAUGUCUAUCACAGGGAUGAACUUCAGCCUCAUGCUAAACUCGGUGGGGUUUUACCAGAUAUCUAAACUGAGCAUGAUUCCAGUGGUUUGUGUAAUGGAAUGGAUACUUCAUAGCAAGCACUACUCAAAGGAAGUGAAGUUGUCAGUCCUGGUCGUAGUUAUUGGUGUUGGUGUUUGCACUGUAACUGAUGUAAAAGUUAACUUCAAAGGUUUCAUGUGUGCCUGUGUAGCAGUUUUAUCAACAUCUUUACAGCAAAUUACAAUAGGUUCUUUGCAAAAGAAAUAUUCAAUUGGAUCUUUUGAAUUGCUGAGCAAGACAGCUCCUAUUCAAGCCCUCUCUCUUCUUAUUCUUGGUCCGUUUGUUGAUUACUUCCUUAAUGGCAAGUUGAUAACCAACUAUAAGAUGACCACUGGUGCAAUUUUGUUCAUUCUUCUUUCAUGCUCACUUGCUGUAUUUUGCAAUAUGAGCCAAUACCUCUGCAUCGGACGCUUCUCAGCCACCUCCUUCCAGGUUUUAGGUCACAUGAAAACUGUAUGUGUCCUGACAUUGGGGUGGCUGCUAUUUGAUUCGGAGCUAACUUUCAAGAAUAUCAUGGGGAUGAUUCUUGCCGUUGUUGGCAUGGUAGUUUACAGUUGGGCUGUAGAGGCUGAAAAGCAGGCAAAUGCCAAGGCCGCGUCCCAUGUCAAAAACAGCCUGACAGAAGAAGAAAUCAGACUAUUAAAAGAGGAGGUUGAAAAGAAACCUUUGAAGGAUGUUGAACUUGGUGAGACUAAAGGGUAGAAUGAAUCAGGUUUUGGUGGUAUGAUUUGUUAGAAAGGGAUCCACAGGCAAUGUUAAUGUGUUCUAUUUGAUUUGUUUCUUCUGUCUAGUUUACUUGGCAGCAAAGAUUUCUGUGUAUCUGCUUAAACACAUCCAUUUAGAAAGUGGGUCCCCCUUCAUUAGCAAUGUCUCUUAAUUAUUUUAAUCGUUAAUAUUCGUUAUGUUGAGGUUAUUUAUUUGUAUUUGGCUUGCCAAGAAAAUUGCAAGGUGAGUAUGGUGGGUCCAUUAAGAUGAAAAAUCUGUUCGUUGA